GACUCCGUAUAAGAACUCCACUUCCCCAAUUCAAUGCAUGUAUAGUAAGCCAUUCAUGUCGUAGCUAGUAUUAUUACUCUCAAGUCUCAACACAAUGGAAGAUGGCCAUAAAGACUCUUCCGAUAUACUCUAUAAUCUUAUCCCGCUUAUUAAAAUAUACAAAGAUGGCCGUGUGGAAAGGUUAUGCGGCACUGACGUUGUCCCCGCCGGCUUUGAUGCCGAAACCGGCGUACUAUCCAAAGACGUCGAAAUUUCGCCGGAGGUCAAACUCUCCACUAGGCUCUACCUGCCCAAAACUGCAGGCCGUCCCCGGAAACUUCCCCUUUUGCUCUACUUCCACGGGGGCGGUUUCGUCGUCGAGUCGGCCUUCUCACCCAUGUACCAAAAGCCCCUUAACUUACUCUCCGCGGAGGCUAACGUCGUUGUAGCGUCCGUAAAUUAUCGGUUGGCACCGGAGCACCCUCUCCCUGCCGCUUACGAAGACGCGUGGGCGGCUCUGAAGUGGGCCGCCUCCCACUCUAGCGGCAGGGGAGAUGGUUAUGAGGAGUGGUUGACCGAGCACGUUGACUUUGACCGUGUGUUCCUAGGGGGUGACAGCGUUGGUGCAAACAUAGCACACAAUUUGGCUAUUCGGGUCGGGUCGGGUGGAAAUAUGGAUGGUGUUAACCUUGUCGGGCUUUUCUUCAACUGCCCGUUUUUCUGGGGCGAGGAUAGAGUGGGUGAUGAGGCUGAGCACACGCUGAUAUGCAACUUUGUGGAGAACACUUGGCGGGUGGCCCACCCAAAAGCGAUGAGUUUGGAUGACCCGAAUAUCAACCCGGCAAAAGACCCGGAUCUAGGUAAUUUGGGUUGUAAGAGAGUGAUAGUUUAUGUUGCGGAGAAGGAUCCAUCAAGGCAUAGGGGGUGGUUGUAUAAAGAGGCAUUGGGUAGGAUUGGGUGGGAAGGAGAGGUUGAGGUUGUGGAGGUUAAGGGGGAGCCUCAUAUCUUCAAUUUGGUAUCUCCAACGUGUGAUAAUGCCAUGGCUAUCCUUAGAAACUUGGCAUCUUUCUUUCAUCUAUAGCCAUGAAAGUUUCUUCAUAUAUUAAGUGAUGAAUAACAGCCAUAAGUGUAUUUGGCUAUGGCUAUGGUGAGAUUUGUUUUUAAUAUGGUGAUAUCAUAAUGUCAAUCAUAUGUUAGUAUAAAGCAAUGAAUAACAGUCACGUUGAUGAGUAUUGGGGAGGUUCUAAGUUGGUUAAAGGAGCAACAUUCGAAUUUUGUUGAAGUUGGAUCGGAUUAUUUUGAGCAAUCACUUUAGUAGCAUUAUGUUUUCUCAUGUUAGGUGUUCUGCGAAUACAAUUGUUCAUGUUCUAACUAGGGUGCAUGACAUGUUCUUUGGUUGAGUCAUAGUAUUUGGUGUUUUGAUCCGCCUGAUUUUAUCAUUCUGAUACUUCAUCAUGAUCUGAUCAAUGAUAAUUAAAUUUACUCUGUUAAAAAAACAACCAUAA